ACGCCGAGGGGCGGCGUGGCCUCUCCCCGCACCGUGAGGAAGCGUGGAUCCGGGAGGAGGCUGUGAGGAUGAUGGAGGGCAGGACCGGGAGAGCGGCGCCGAGCCGUGCGGUCUAGCGAGGCGCUGAUUCACCUUCACGGGAGUUCAUAGACAUUAAAGAGUUCGUCUGCGGGCCGGCCAGGGGAGCCUCUGCGACAGGCGGGCGGUGAGGUAACAGCUGAUUCUGGAAGGGCGUAACCAUGAUGCGGGGCUGAAGGCCAAACGCGUGCCUGUGGCCGCCCCCUGCUGGACAUGAAGCUGAAGCAGCGCGUGGCUGUGCUCUGCGGUGUGCUCCUGCUGCUCGGCCUCGCCAAGGUCUUCCUGCUGGACGGCGGUGAGGGUUCUGCCUCCGGCCGCCGCGACCUGCGCGCCUUCCGCAAGAUGGAGGCAGGGCUGCAACUGGACCGGGGUGCGCGCCUCACCCACACCCUGCAGUCGCCCUGGGAGGUGGCUGCCCAGUGGGUAGGGCCCCGCGAAGUCUACCCCGACGACACCCCUGAGAUGGCGGCGGUGCUGAGUGCCAUGGUGACCGCUCGCGUGGAGAGGGCCGACGUCGGCUACAAGGGCACUCAACUGAAGGCCCUGCUGGUGCUGGAAGGGGGACAGAAGGUGGUCUUCAAACCGAAAAGGUAUGGUCGUGACUACGUGGUGGAGGGGGAGCCCUAUGCCGGCUACGACAGGCACAACGCUGAGGUGGCCGCCUUUCACCUGGACAGAAUCCUCGGUUUCCGGAGGGCUCCCCUAGUGGUGGGGAGGUUUGUGAACCUGCGCACAGAGAUCAAACCUGUGGCCACAGACCAGCUGCUGAGCACCUUCCUCAUGCAGGGAAACAACACCUGCUUCUACGGGAAGUGCUACUACUGCCGGGAGAGCGAGCCGGCCUGUGCCGCGGGUGACACCAUGGAGGGAUCAGUCACGCUCUGGCUGCCGGACGUGUGGCCCCUGCAGAAGCACCGACACCCCUGGGGCCGCACCUACCGUGAGGGCAAGCUGGCCAGGUGGGAGUAUGAUGAGAGCUACUGCGAGGCUGUGAAGAAGAUGCCCCCCUAUGAUGCGGGCCCGCGACUGCUGGAUGUUAUCGAUACCUCUGUCUUCGACUACCUGAUCGGGAAUGCUGAUCGGCAUCAUUACGAGAGUUUCCAGGACGACGGCGGUGCCAGCAUGCUCAUCCUGCUGGACAACGCCAAAAGUUUUGGGAACCCCACCCUGGAUGAGCGGAGCAUUCUGGCACCCUUGUACCAAUGUUGCAUGAUCCGCGUGUCCACCUGGAACCGCCUGAACCUGCUACGAAGCCGUAGCCUGAGUGCCACCUUGAGGCAGGCCAUGGCCCACGACCCCGUGGCCCCAGUGCUGACAGACGCACACCUGGCGGCCCUGGACCGGAGGCUCCUGGGGGUGCUGGCCACCAUCCGGCAGUGCAUGGAGGCCCAGGGUGCGGACAACACCCUGAUCGAGGACCGCAUGAACCUUCCUCACCCCUAGAGGGCGCCUGUUUUGGGGGGAGGGGGGUUUGGAUGUGAACACUAACUCUACUGACACUAGGGUUGAGGGGACCAGAAGAGAAUCAGACCUGCUGAAGGGAAUCAAAAGACCUCAAUCGUCUACAUAUGAUUUCAGUCGUCGUCCCCCCCCCCCCCCCCCCCCCAAACAAACACCCUCAGCUGAUGGGCGGGGCCUCAGGGAAUGAGGUGGGGCAAAUUAGCAGGUGGACCCCAUCAGGCUCAGCUGACCACAUGGGAUGCCCGCUCACCAGGAUCACUGCCAGUCUGAUAAGGAGGGACACUUUAUAACUACUAUGGAUCUGCAGCGUGACUGGAUGGAUGGAUGCACGGAUGGACAGAUGGGUGGACGAGCCGGCACUCAGGGUACAGCAAGAUGCAUCGUCAUUGGUUGCGGGAUGAGUGUGAUGAGCGGGUGUGGGAGCCAUGUGUGUGAAUGAACCUUGAACCGAUAAAAACUCUACAGUAAUAUUGAGGAAUAUAGUGAUGGGGACAGUAAUAAACAUUAGGUAAUCUGCCAUUUUGGGGGUGGGAGUGGGAGAGGCAAUGAAUUGUGACUGCUGCUGAUUUCUGGGGGAGGGGGCAGACUGAGGGAGGCACAGAACAUAUAAUAAGGGCUGAAAUGGGUUUUCUUUUAGCCUCCCUCCCAUCAUUAAAGAAGAAAAUAAACAUACUAUUUAACAUA